AUGUUCAAGAAAGAAUUCACGCCUGGCGCGAAGUCCAAGGUCAAAUCCUCCGCCCAGCGCGCCAUCCGCGCCAAAGUCGUCGAGACGUACCCGCUCAUUGAACCUUACAUCGAUGAAGUCCUCCCGAAGAAAGAACAACUCGACCUUGUCAAGAUCCCGGACAGAGUGUCUCUCUAUUGCAAUGGUGGUACUCCACUCUUCUGGCAACACAUGGAUGAUCCCAUCGUCCCUCACCUACAACUCGUACACAAGUACCCAUGGUGCUUCACCCGGGUCCGGAUAGACCGAGGAGGUAUCAGAUUCGUAUUGAGUGGUGCGACGUUGAUGGUACCUGGUCUUACGUCACCUGGUGGUCGGCUACCUGGAGGAGAAGAGUCAGAAGAAUGGGCGAAUGGGGGCAAGGAGAUUGAGGCAGGAGAUGUGGUAGUGGUGGAUGCUGAGGGCAAGGAAAAUGCAUGCUUGGUGGGAGUGCUUAAGAUGGGCACGAAAGAGAUGAAAGAGAAGAAGAAGGGUCCUGCGAUCGAGAACGGACAUUACGUCGGUGAUGGACUGUGGAAGUUGGAUUUGAGCUAA